ACUUGGUGUUGACGACAUUCCCAUCUUCCCUUCUUCUUCGUCUAACCCCACCUCCUUCGUCUGUGUAUGGUNCUACAGGCUGAAGAAGCGGCAACAGCAGAGAAGCUGCGGCUACAGGCCGAAGCAGACGCAGAUACCCAGGCUCGCCGAAAGGAAGCCCAUGAUCUGCUGCGGCGGCACGAUGCCAACAGCAUCGACAGACUCAAGUACUGGCACUUUGAACCGAACGGCGACGAGCCAACACCGGAAGAGCAGCAUAAGGAGUUCUUGGCCAAGCUCGUGGCCAGGCUGGUUUACACAUGUAACCACCUGCAGUCCGAGCUGGCAAACCUUCAGCGGGCUGUGCGGAACCAUAAGACUCAGCAUGAGGAUGCCACACUGGACGUCCGUGUACUGGACAUGGAACAGGUUGUACCAGGACCAGCUGCUGGGGCUUCCAGCAGUGCAUCCUCUAGCCGCCAACUGGAGGAACGCGUUGACCACGUAGUGGCAAUGCUAGGAGACAUAAGUGCCUUCACAGAGCCGGCCACCAUCAGCCAGCGGUUCGAGUUGCUGGACACCAAGAUCAGUCAGCAACAGCAGACCGACCACAGCCACAACAACAGCUCGGCGAGGCCAUACAAGAUGUCGACGUUCCGGAUCGAGAAAUUGAUGACUACACACAUCAAGACCCGAACUGCUCUGUUCAUCAACACCAAGGGAGGAUGUCAGAUCUGGCUCAGCCACAUGGCAACCAUCCACGGCGUCCAGGUUUCAGACCUGCACAAGAAGGUCACUUGGGAGGAUAUGACAAAGGAAUGGAAGAAGCGGUUCAUAGUGGACGACGCACCCGCGCUCGCCAUCAACCGCAUCUUCGCGAUGGCUCAAGGGAGCACACCGACACGUGAAUGGCUCACGGAUUGGCAGAAGAUCGUGGCCACGCCCGAUCUGGACUUGCCAUUUCCGCAACUACGCCGUGAGUUCUACAACAGGUCAUGCGCCGCUCUCAGCCUCGCACUGGGUGAUUGCGAGCAGUACAACACUUUCGCAGAGAUCAUCAACAAGGCGAGAGAAAUCAUCAAGACGAACAGGGCGGCUGCACACGAGAAGUCAACGUGGCAGCCAACCUAUGUGGAGAAGGUACGAACUGGUCUGCCACAGCAGCAGUUCGCUGCAGUCCAAUCGGACAGUGGAGAAGACCCAGCAGCCACUCCAGCAUCACGUGAGGGAGAUCAGGUGGCUGCUGUCCAGCCGCGAAGCAACAAGCCCCGAGUGAACGGGAAGGCGAAACCAGCAUCUCAGGCCGGAAACGGACAGCCAGCACCACCAUGGGUCAAGUUCGACUUGACCGAGGCCGAGUACAAGUACCGCAACCGUUACGGCUGUUGUUACUGGUGCAACAGCAACAAGCACAAGACCUCCAUUUGCCAAGAUCAGGCCAAGGAGGAUGUGCGGCCUCAUUCGGCCGCCUUGCUAGCGGCCUCCUACACAUCCGGGGAGGAUGCGCAUGUCGCAAAUCCUCGGUACACUUACGAGGAUUAUGCUGUCCACUUGGUCCCACCGCUGGCCGAGUCGCUCCACAUGCAACAAUCUACCGCAUUCACGGUUUCAUCACCAUCGGCAACCGAUUCGGCAGCUUCGCCGCUAUCUAUCGUCGAGGAUUCAUCGGACUUCCAGGUGCUCGACCCACUGACAUUCACGGACUUCCAGUGGAUGCCCGUUCACCCGACCGGACGAUUGUCGAAACCGCAUUGCAAUGUGCUCAUGGCACAACUGCGAGAUUACUUGCACACUGCAGUACCAACUCCGUUGAUGGACGCCGGAGUAGAGGCUGUCGACCUUCACGCUUACAUUGCGAAGAUCGACCGCGAGUUCAAGACGCAACGGUACGACGACAUCGACGCACCAUUGCUAUAUGUACGSAUUCAGAUCGGAGAGGCGACCUGCAACGCCUUGAUCGAUUGCGAAGCAUCUCGCAACUACAUCAGCCAGGACUUCAUGGUGCGCGCCGGCCUUGGCCCACGUGUCUGGAGGAAGUCCCAGCCUACUCAAGUCACUUUGGCAGACGGUCAUACGCACAAGUCCAUCGACCGGUGCAUUGACGCCGUCCCCGUGUACUUUGCCCCUCACGCAAGUGAGGCGGUGUCCUUUGAUAUCCUGGACACCAAAUUUGACAUGAUCUUGGGCAUGUCAUGGCUGCGAAGCGAGGAUCACCCGGUGAACUUCUUCCACCGCACCGUUCACAUUCGCGAUCGGAACGGAAUUUAGUUCCAUGCACGGUACCUCUUCCUCAUCCUUCGAUCAACUGCCACGUGGUAUCCGCCGCAAGCAUGCGAGCAUCCAUCAUCAGAGACGACAUCGAGGAGAUGGGGGUGUGUUUUUUCCAUGCGCUCUCGCCCCGAG